AAAGCUUUAGGGGUUAAAACGAGUUUGAGCUUAAUUUCAUGGUCACAAGUCACAACUAACAAUUAUAACUCUGAGAGUAAAGUCAAAAGUCAAAUUAAAAAGGUCCCCCAAACCGACCCGUUAACUUCUGAUCAUAAUAGAGACUCCGCAAAGGAGAGAGAGAGAGAGAGAGAGAGAGAGAGAGAGAGAGAUGGGUCUGAUCUACGCAGCAGUGUUGUGCUUCCUUGUUGGAGUUUACGGUGCAAGAGCAGAGCAGUUGAGCACAAAAGAGUGUGAAAAUCUGGGGUUUUCGGGUCUAGCUCUGUGCUCCGAUUGUAGAACUCUUGUUGAGUAUGUUAAAGAUCAAGAGUUGGUUUCUGAAUGCUUGAGCUGUUGCACAGAAGACUCUGAUGAUGCCAUGAGUAAGGUUGUUUAUUCUGGAGCAAUUUUGGAAGUCUGCAUGAGAAAGCUGGUUUUCUAUCCUGAAGUCGUUGGGUUCAUUGAAGAAGAAAAGGAUAAGUUCCCUUGCGUAAAAAUUCAAUAUGCAUAUAAUUCUCCGCCAAAGUUGAUCAUGUUGGAUGAUCAUGGAGAGCACAUGGAAACCAUUAGAAUUGAUAACUGGAAACGCGAGCACAUAUUGCAGUUCUUGAAAGAGAAGGUUAAACCAUCAUCGGAUAUCUAAUGUGGCUGGUGGUAGAGUCCCGUUUGAUCAAGAGCGGCUUCAUGAGGAGCGGGCUUUUCUUAAACCUGCAUCUAGUUUCAGAAAGCUGAGAAUGUUUUUGAGUGAAGAGUCCGUAACAUGCAAUUACUAGCAACUUAUGAACUGGAUUCUAUGCUUUUACGUGCUUGAUGUAGUCAUCAGAUUUCAUGGUCCUGCUCUUUUCUUUUUCAACUUUCUUUCCUACCAA